AUGCAACGUGAAAACAAGCCACAAAUCAAAGCUGGCGUGCGGGGAAAUGAUGAUAUGUACUGUGCUAUCACAAGUUGUGGUCCGACGUUGCAAGGGAAAAAUAUUUUCCACAGAGGUACAUGGUGCCUCUGCCGGAGAUUCCCCCCAGCUCUCUCGACUGCUGCCUCUAUCGUUCCUCCGAGGUCUCAUUUCAUGCUUGAUUGGAUCGGGGUAACAGCAAAUCUUAUACUUUCCAACUUCGAUCUUGAAUCCGGCACCGCCGGAGCAUCUAGUCUGAGUUAUUGGGCCGGAGAGAAUAAACUCAAUGGAAGUGCUUUCCAAUCAAUCAACUGCUACUCCAGCACCGAUCUUGUGAACUGGAAAUUCAACUCUUACCUUCUUACGUUACAAUCGUCUGGAGAUUUGGGACCCAACCGAGUUGUGGAACGUCCACACAUAAUGUACAAUGAUGCGACAGGUAAAUAUGUCAUGUGGAUGCACAUUGAUUCAUCGAAUUAUGGCGAAGCAAGGGCGGGUGUUGCAACCAGCAGCAGUGUUUGUGGAUCAUAUACAUAUUUAGGAGCAAGCCAACCAUUGGGCUACCAAAGUAGAGAUCUCAAUGUGUUUAAAGACACCGAUGGAACAGGUUAUUUAUUGACUGAAGAUCGAGCAAACGGUUUACGUAUUGACAAGCUUUCCGCCGAUUAUACAUCGGUUGUCUCAGCUGUUUACCUUUUUGCUGAUUAUGAGGCUCCCGCCAUAUACAAGAGCGGCGAUACUUAUUUUAUGUUUGCUAGUCAUUUGUCCGGGUGGUCUCCAAACGAUAACGUCUACGCUACAGCAACGAAUUUAUCAGGGCCUUGGUCUGCUUUUUCCAACUUUGCAACAGUUGGGUCAAAUACUUAUAGCAGUCAGACGGCGGCUGUGGUUAACAUCAAUGGAGUUGUCAUGUAUAUGGGAGAUCGAUGGGAAUCAUCCAACCUUAUGACUUCGACCUACGUCUGGCUCCCAUUGACAAUCUCUGGGACCAAGGCAUCCAUGAGCAACGAAGUCAACUGGAUCAUCGACCCCGCGGCAGGAACAUGGACCACCGGCCCCAGCGAAGCAUGGUUAGAAGCCGAUGCUGCCACAAAUAUCCUCGCUAACGGUGCUAAAAAUAUCACAUGUUCCGGUUGCUCGGAUGGUGUCCGAGUCGGAUAUAUUGGUGGGCCUAGUCCUGGCGGUACGUUGACCAUAGAUGGAGUGAGUAGCUCCGUAGCAACAACCACCACAAUUCGAAUUCAUCAUUUGAAUGGUGAUUCUACGCAACGCUAUGCGAACGUCGUAGUCAACGGAGUCAGCAAUAUUAUUGCGUUUUUGCCGACAGCGGAUGGUAAUACACCUGGCACAAGCGUCUUGACGACUGCAUUGAAGAGCGGGGCUGGAAAUGUCAUUGAGUUCGAGUCGUAUAAUUCUGGAUGGGCUCCAGACAUUGACCGCAUAAUGGUUCCCGUCUCUUAA